ACUCAACGUUCAGUUUAGCUCAGUUAACCCGCGGUGAAACUUUGUCGAGACAAGAGCUUUAGUGUGAAAGAAAAGUGAAAAGCCUUGUUGCUUGUUGAUUUGCUUUGUUUUAUCGGGCUAAGUGUCAAUGUGCUAAUAAGAUCAGUUGGUUAAAAGUGUCGCGACGUUGUAAAUGUGGGCAAGGGUAUUUUUAAAAUCGCAUUGUUUUAAAAUCACUCAUUUUUAUGGUUGUCAUAUUAAAAAGUGUUAUCAAAUAAUUCGUUUGCAUUGGUGAAAGUGAGUUAACGGUUUUAUAUACCACCGAAUAUUGCCGCCUACAAAAGCAGUCACAGCAACAGCAUUGCUGCUGAGCCUCAUCUCGGAGCAAUGUCAAUGUAUAUGGAUAGGAGAUUAAAGUGCAGCACAGUAUAACACAAAUUUUACACGGGACUGUAUAUGAAGAAAUUUAAAUAUUCGUUAGUCUAUAACGAAUUUAAUCGCUCACAUUCAAAAAUUUAUAAAUUCGCAUUGGAAUUUGGUAUGAGCCAUCUAAAUAAAGAACAUCAUGUUUCGAAAAAUUGUAAUUUCCUUGAUUAUCUGGAGUUGCAGCACACUGGCAGCGGACAUCCUAAUGGCGACCCAAGGUGGAACAAAAUCGCACAAAAUACCAUUUUGGGAGCUGGCUAGGGGUCUAAUUUCCAGGGGUCACAAUAUUACCUUCCUAAGUGGAUUUCCUGCUGAUUUUAAUAUUGAAGGUCUGCGCGAGAUAACACCAGCCGGCCUAGUUGAAUAUAUUCACAACUACACCAAUUGGGAUCUAUUGGGUUCACGAAUGGCUGGAAAAAUGCCCAUAAAACCAUGGGAUGGUUUACGAUACGCUUUUGAAUCAUGUGACGCCAUGCUUGGAGACGAAGAGACAAAGGAGCUGUCAAGCCGGAGCUUUGACUUGGUCAUAAUAGACGGAGCAUUCCCAGAGUGCUUUCUGGGAUUAAUAUACCAGUUUAAGGUUCCCUUUAUGUACAUAAACACUGUUGGCUUUUACACAGGCAGUAUCUCGACUGCGGGAAAUCCCGUUAGCUACGCUAUAACCCCAAACUUUUAUUCUCGAUUUACUGAUACAAUGAGUAUCUAUGAACGGGCAGUUAACACAGCCAUGCAGAUCGGACAAACACUUUUGCACAUGUAUGUUAUACAUCGGACACAUCUUGUGCUGCGAGAGCACCUGGGUGCCGAUAUACCACAUCCUUACGAGAUGUCCCGCAAUGUGAGCUUUAUUUUGCAGAACGGGCACGCAGUUCUUUCUUAUCCUAGGGCCUUUAAUCCGAAUAUAGCAGAGGUGGCUUGUAUUCACUGUAAACCACCUAAAAAACUUCCCAGGAACCUUGAGGAGUUCAUCGGCGCUUCUGGAGUCUCAGGAUUUAUUUAUGUUUCUAUGGGCUCUUCCGUAAAAGCUGCAAAUAUGCCAGAAGCGCUGCGCCAAAUUCUUGUGAAAACCUUUGCACGCCUGCCAUAUCAUGUGUUGUGGAAGUAUGAAGGUAGUUCCGCAGACAUAAAAGACCUUACUUCAAAUGUAAAACUUUCACGAUGGCUACCGCAACAAGACAUUUUGGGCCAUCCCAAGCUAAGAGCAUUUGUAACCCACGGAGGCUUGCUAAGCAUGUUUGAGACGGUAUUUCACGGAGUGCCCGUCGUUACAAUGCCGGUAUUCUGCGAUCACGAUGUUAACUCAGCUAAGGCUGAGGUGGAUGGAUAUGCCGUUAAGCUAGAUCUUCAGACGCUGUCGACCAAUCAGCUACACAAGACUAUUAUGAAAGUUAUUCACGAUCCUCGCUAUAGAAACGCAGCCCGAUACCGCCAGAAGCUAUUGCUUGAUCAACGCUCAACAGCCCUAGACACUGCUGUAUAUUGGACGGAGUAUGUGCUGCGUCACAAUGGCGCUUAUCAUCUACAGACACCCUCACGUAAUAUGACUUGGUGGCAAUAUUAUUUACUCGAUGUAGUUGCGGUUUAUUUAAUUUUACUUUACGGCCUGAUUUUAUUACUAAAGCGUAUGGAUUUCUUGUCUGAGAUGGGACGGAGCCUUCAAUUUCUGACGCCUGUAGAAAAAAUAAAGUCGAAGAGACUUUAAACUGACCAGCAAAAUCACUUUUUCACUAAGAAAAUUAAAUGUUUAAAUGUUAUUAAGUUUUUACAUUUAUAUAUUACGAAACCACAUAGGGGAUGCCCCUUAUAGUUUAUAUUUAAAAACACAAAAAAAAUCGGUAAGGUUUGUCCUUUGGUUAUGCCAAAAAAUGUUGGUAUCGUAAAGUUCUGAUACAAUGGCAUUGCAAUUGAAUUAAAAGUUUCUAAAAUGGAAAUAAAGACCAAAUAUUUAAUAUUAAACAUAGAGAAUUAUCAGUGCUAAAUAAGUUUUGGUUAAAAGAAUUCUUUUAAUUUUAUAUCGUUUUGAAGUUACAGUUAAGAAAUGAGGAAGAACCUGAACAUUAAAACGCAUUUGCCUCGAAACCACGUUUUUUCAACUGGCGAUAUCUUAAGAACGUCUUGACCGAUCGUGUAUGUGCUUUAAUAAAUAUGUUCAGCAAGUGUACACUUAAGCAAACGUAA